ACGGGCGGAGCGGCUGCGUGAGUUGCUGCGAGUGCGCGCGGUGGGAUCACACGGCGGCGGUGGAGGCCCUGAGACCUGAGCGCUGAGAUCUCGGCCCGCGGCCUGCACGGAACCGUCUCUCCACCCGAGGAUCAGAAAACCGCAAUCUUCAUUACAGAGGUACUGUGUUCCGCGCUCCCCGCCCGGCCCGGCCCAGCCUGCUGCGGCGGCGCCUCCUUCCUUCCUCCUUCCCUCGCUCUCUCUCUCGCCCGCCCGCGCCUUCCCUGUCUGCCUGCGUCACCGCGGCCGCCAUGGCUGAGAACGGCGAGAGCAGCGGCCCCCCGCGCCCCUCCCGCGGCCCUGCUGCGGCCCAAGGCCCUGCCUCUGCCCAGGCCGAGCCCAAAAUCAUCAAAGUCACUGUGAAGACUCCCAAAGAGAAAGAGGAGUUCGCGGUGCCAGAGAAUAGCUCAGUCCAGCAGUUUAAGGAAGCGAUUUCGAAACGCUUCAAAUCCCAAACAGAUCAGCUAGUGCUGAUUUUUGCCGGAAAAAUUUUAAAAGAUCAAGAUACCUUGAUCCAGCACGGCAUCCAUGAUGGACUGACUGUUCACCUUGUCAUCAAAAGCCAGAACCGACCUCAGGGCCAGUCCACACAGCCCGGUAAUGCCGCGGGAACUAAUACUACUACCGCGUCGACUCCCAGGAGUAACUCCACACCUAUUUCCACAAAUAGCAACCCGUUUGGGUUGGGGAGCUUGGGAGGACUUGCAGGCCUUAGCAGCCUGGGUUUGAGCUCGACCAACUUCUCUGAGCUCCAGAAUCAGAUGCAGCAGCAGCUUCUGUCCAGCCCUGAGAUGAUGAUCCAAAUCAUGGAAAAUCCCUUUGUUCAGAGCAUGCUUUCGAAUCCCGAUCUGAUGAGGCAGCUCAUUAUGGCCAAUCCACAGAUGCAACAAUUGAUUCAGAGAAACCCAGAAAUCAGUCACCUGCUCAACAACCCAGAUAUAAUGAGGCAGACCCUCGAAAUCGCCAGGAAUCCAGCAAUGAUGCAAGAGAUGAUGAGAAAUCAAGACCUGGCUCUCAGCAAUCUCGAAAGCAUCCCAGGUGGCUAUAAUGCCCUACGGCGCAUGUACACUGACAUUCAAGAACCCAUGCUGAAUGCUGCACAAGAGCAGUUCGGGGGUAAUCCGUUUGCCUCCACCGGGAGCAGUUCCUCCUCCGGGGAAGGUACACAGCCUUCCCGCACUGAAAAUCGAGAUCCACUACCCAAUCCAUGGGCACCACCACCGGCUACUCAGAGUUCUACCACCACCGGCACAACCACAAGCAGUGGCAGUGGGUCUGGCAGUAGCUCCAGUAGUGCUACUGGGAACACCAUGGCUGCAGCCAAUUAUGUUGCCAGCAUCUUCAGUACCCCCGGAAUGCAGAGCUUGCUGCAACAGAUAACUGAAAACCCCCAGCUGAUUCAGAAUAUGCUGUCUGCGCCCUACAUGAGAAGCAUGAUGCAGUCACUGAGCCAGAAUCCAGAUUUGGCUGCACAGAUGAUGCUGAAUAGCCCAGUGUUUACUGCAAAUCCUCAGCUGCAGGAGCAGAUGCGUCCACAGCUCCCGGCUUUCCUGCAGCAGAUGCAGAAUCCAGAUACGCUGUCAGCUAUGUCAAACCCAAGAGCAAUGCAGGCUUUAAUGCAGAUCCAGCAGGGGCUACAGACAUUAGCCACUGAAGCUCCUGGCCUCAUUCCAAGCUUCACUCCAGGUGUGGGGGUGGGGGUGCUGGGAACCGCUAUAGGCCCUGUAGGCCCAGUCACACCCAUAGGCCCCAUUGGCCCCAUAGUCCCAUUUACCCCCAUAGGUCCCAUUGGGCCCAUAGGACCCACUGGCCCUGCAGGUCCCCCUGGUUCCACUGGCUCUGGCGGCACCCCUGGGCCCACCAUGUCUAGCUCUGCACCUAGUGAAACCACGAGCCCAACAUCGGAAUCUGGACCCAACCAGCAAUUCAUUCAGCAAAUGGUGCAGGCUCUGGCUGGAGCAAAUCCUCCACAGCUGCCAAAUCCAGAAGUCAGAUUUCAGCAACAACUGGAACAGCUCAACGCAAUGGGGUUCUUAAACCGUGAAGCAAACUUGCAGGCUCUAAUAGCAACAGGAGGCGAUAUCAAUGCAGCCAUUGAGAGGCUGCUGGGCUCCCAGCCAUCAUAAUUACAUUUCUGUACCUUGAAAAAAAUGUAUCUUAUUUUUGAUAAUGGCUCUUAAAUCUUUAAACACACAAAAUCAUGCUUUUCUUUCGUUUUGAUUCUUUUAAAUCUGUCUAGUUAUAAAUAUAAUAUGAUACAUUUUAAGGUGGAGUCCAUACCCCUAUCCCUCUCUCCCUCUUUCGUUCCUCCCUCCCUCCCUCCCUCCCUUCCUUUUGUCCUCUCUCCCUUUUGUCCUUCCUUGUUUUUUGUUCUUCUUUUUUCCUUCCUUCCUU